UGCGCCAGCAUCCCAGGCCCCGAAGACUACAUUUCCCACGAUGCAGCGGGCCUUUUUUCUUCUUCCCCUCCUCGGCCGCUCACCUUCCUGUCUGAGGGGGAAAAAAUAACCCUGAAGUUUCCUGCCAUCAGCUGAUCCUCAGUGACAACAAGGGAGGAAGGGGGAGAAGGGCUGCGGACUGGUCCGGAUCGCGAUCCCUCUCCCGGGGGCUCCAGUUCUUCCUUCCAUGGUGGGCUCCCAAUUCCCUUGCGGGGAAAGCAGGACUCGCCUUUCCCCUCCUUUGCUGCCGAGAGGAGGAGACUGGGCGCCGAUGACUUAGUCACCGAGACUUGCAGGGAGGAAGAGGAGGAGAAGGAAGGGAGGAAGGAAGGAAGGAAGGAAGGAAGGAAGAAAGGAGCCUGCUGUUUUGUAAACAAUAGAUCGGCCUGUUUCGUUCCCAGGCAUGGUGCUUGAGGGGAAAGGUCUGGUUUACAUUCUAGAAACACAUCAUAUUGUAUUUUAUACAUGUAUCUAAGUUAAUUGUGACAUUUAGUCUGGGAUUUACCUAUCGUUCAUUUUGAAAAUUUGCAGCGUUUACAUUUUGGAAGCACACAUACAAAAUUGCACUUUCAUAUCAUGAAUUCAUUCUAACAUUACAAUAGGGAGAAUCAAGACGGAUCAUGUGUUAGGAAAGGCACUCAUUUCAAAAUACUAAUUUUAAUUUGUGGAACUAAUACACAUAUCUUGUUUUGAUUAUUUUUCAAAUACAUAGUUUUAUAAAACUGAUAAUAAGUUUCUAAACAUGAGUGCCCAGCCUCCAACAGCAGAUAAGGGACUGAAUACAGCUCUAUUGUGCCAGGAAAGUUAUGCUUGCAGUGGCACUGAUGAAGCCAGCUUCGAAUGCGAUGAGUGUGGAAGCCUGCAGUGCCAGCGGUGCGAGGAAGAGCUUCACAGGCAGGAAAGGUUACGGAACCACGAACGGACCCGAAUUAAAGCUGGCCAUGUCCCGUACUGUGACGCCUGCAAGGUUGCCAGUGGGAAUAUCAUGCAGAGCAAUAUUGCAAGCUCCAGGCAGAGAGCAGCUGUAAGGUGCCAAGCGUGCAAAAUUAACCUGUGUCUAGAGUGCCAGAAGAGGACUCAUGCUGGUGGAAACAAGAGGAAACACCCCAUUACUGUAUACCACUGUGGCAAAGCUCAGGAGCAGGAGGCAGAGGAAGGGAUGGAUGAGGAGACCAAGAGGAAGAAGAUGACUGAAAAGGUUGUAAGCUUCCUGUUGGUGGAUGAAACGGAAGAGAUCCAGGUGGAAAAUGAAGAAGAAUUUAUAAGAAAAUUGGACUGCAAGCCUGACCAACACGUAAAGGUGGUGUCUAUUUUUGGGAACACAGGCGAUGGCAAAUCUCACACGCUUAACCAUACUUUUUUCUAUGGCCGAGAGGUCUUUAAAACAUCACCAGCACAGGAGUCUUGUACAGUAGGAGUCUGGGCAGCCUAUGAUCCUGUCCACAGAAUGGUGGUGAUCGACACAGAGGGCCUCCUUGGGGCCACCGUGAACCUAAGCCAGAGGACCCGGUUGCUUCUGAAGGUCUUGGCCAUUUCAGACCUCAUCAUCUACCGCACUCAUGCUGACAGACUUCACAACGAUCUCUUCAAAUUUCUUGGAGAUGCAUCAGAGGCCUACCUAAAGCACUUCACCAAGGAGCUAAAGGCAACCACAGCCCGUUGUGGUCUAGAUGUUCCACUGUCUACUUUGGGUCCAGGAGUUAUCAUCUUCCAUGAGACUGUGUACACACAGUUAUUGGGUGCAGAUCACCCUUCUGAGGUGCCUGAGAAGCUGAUCCAGGAACGAUUUCGGAAGCUUAAUCUCUUCCCUGAGGCCUUCAGCUCGAUCCAUUACAAAGGAAUAAGGACACAGAAUCCCCCAACCGAUUUUGCUGGGCUCAGACACACUGUGGAGCAGCAACUAGAAAACAAUACCACACGCUCCCCUCGGCCUCCUGGUGUUAUCUACAAAGCGCUCAAAGCAUUGAGUGAUCGAUUCUGUGGGGAGAUCCCAGAUGAUCAGAUGGCACACAGCUCCUUUUUUCCAGACGAAUAUUUUACCUGUUCUUCUGUUUGUCUCAGCUGUGGGUGUGGAUGUAAAAACAGCAUGAACCAUGCAAAAGAAGGGGUGCCUCAUGAAGCUAAGAAUCGGUGUAGAUAUACUCAUCAGUACGAUAACCGAGUAUUUACAUGCAAGGCAUGUUAUGAACGUGGGAAUGAAGUCAGGGUGGUGCCCAAAACAUCUGCUUCUACUGAUUCUCCUUGGAUGGGACUUGCCAAGUAUGCCUGGUCAGGGUAUGUGAUUGAAUGCCCCAACUGUGGCGUUGUGUACCGUAGCCGGCAGUACUGGUUUGGGAAUCAAGAUCCUGUGGACACAGUUGUGAGGACGGAAAUAGUGCAUGUCUGGCCAGGAACGGAUUGCAGUCUGAAGGACAACAACAAUGCUGCUCAACGCCUUAUAGAUGGAAUGAAUUUCAUGGCACAGUCAGUAUCUGAAUUGAGUUUGGGACCCACAAAAGCUGUGACCUCUUGGCUGACUGAUCAGAUCGCUCCAGCUUACUGGAAGCCCAACUCUAUGAUUCUGAAUUGCAGGAAAUGUGGCAUAUCCUUUAAGGAUAAUGAUACCAAACACCACUGCCGGGCAUGUGGAGAAGGAUUUUGCGAUGGUUGUUCGUCCAAGACCCGUCCUGUCCCAGAGCGUGGCUGGGGGCCCACCCCUGUGCGAGUGUGCGACAGCUGCUAUGACAGCAGGGGUUUUCAGUUAGGUAAUCCUGACCUGACUGUACUAGAUGUGCCUGAGGCUCCAACAGACGAAGAAGGUGGAACAGUGAUAGCCAGGAAGGUUGGUGAAGCCGUACAGAACACUCUGGGGGCUGUUGUAACUGCCAUUGACAUCCCAUUGGGUCUUGUGAAGGAUGCCGCUAGACCUGCCUACUGGGUUCCCGACCAUGAAAUAUUAAACUGCCACAACUGCCGUAAGGAAUUCAACAUCAAGCUGUCAAAACACCACUGUCGUGCCUGCGGCCAGGGUUUCUGCGAUGAGUGUUCCCAUGAGCGCAGAACGGUCCCUUCUCGUGGCUGGGAUCAUCCUGUCAGAGUCUGCUUUAACUGCAAUAAAAAGCCUGGUGAUCUUUAACCCCAUGGACUUUUUCUGGAUCCUCCGUAACAGCUUAGCUUCUCAGGGUUAGACCACAAAACAAAACAAAACUUCACUGCUUUUAACUUUUCCUAGUCAGAGUGCAUGCUCUUGAUCUCUGGCCUCUUUUUCCAAGUGUGGAUUUCAGUAAGAUUACCGAAUGGCAAAGGGCCAAGGCAAGGCCUGCUUUCAAACAGAUCCUAACCGUUGACAUGCAUAGAGAAGCUUGAGAAAGAUGAGGAAUCCAAAAUACAGUGUAUUAUAUACCAGUUAAAAGUAUGUUAUCUCUAUAUCUCUAUAAUUUAGUAUGCUAAGAAUACACCUGGCAUUGAUGAUUUACAGUUUAACAUUAAAGCAAAGCAAAGGUGAGUGGAACUGUUUUUGAAGGGAAAUGGGUCAAUCACACCACCUCCUGAGUGCCUUGGAAUUCCUUUGUGUGGAGCAUUUGACAGCUUGCAGCAUCACAGGUUUGGAAAGGUUUCGAUUCCUGAAUCUGCGGUUUGAAAUAACCAUUGUUUGUGGUCCCUAGUUUGGAUGGGGAAUCCUAGGCCUCUCCGUCUGGCCCUUUGAGACACCAUUAAUAAUAUUUAUUUUUCCCAAUUUGUUUUGUUCGAUUUGUAGGACUUAAUGCAGAGUGAAUGAGUUUUCCGAGGGCUGAAACCAGCCAGGGAAGUUAGUAAGAAUGUCUUGUCUUUGCUCAGAGUUGCUCUGUAUAGGUCCUGAUACAGCUAGUGCCACUGUGGGGAAAAGGUACUAGUUUUGAGAUCUUAGAAUGACGCUGACCGAACCACCCAGGACGUUUAGUGAAAAUCAAGGGAAAAUACCCAGAGCUGGUCCACUAACAACGAUUGAAGCUUCAUUUUGGUCUUAUGAGGCUUUAUUCUAUGUGUCCAUAUUCCCUUGCUUGAUUUUCUUGUGGUAGACUUACGUUUUUCCACUGGAAACCCUCAAAGAACAGCAGAAGGGAUCAGGCAAGCUCCCACACUAUGUAGUGUAGUCUUUGCUUAGCAUCUUAGUCAUUGUAAAUUGACUUAGUUAAGUCUAAUUCUUAGAGGUGUCUGUGUGAACCACCCUUCAAACACUCAAAUAAACCAAACUGGAAAACAUAUUACACUGAGGCAUUAUUCUUUUCAAAAAGCCCUGCACUGAAUCACUUUGAAGCAUAGAUCAAACUACUAAAAGAAAUUGUAGCAUUAGGCUUUUCUGUAGCUCUUGGCUUCUGUGAUAACAAACGGGAAGCUGUCACAAGCUGAAGUGGAUUGGAGAACAAAUCCCGUCCUCCUUUCAGGUCUUACAAGUAUGGCAUGUUAUCUGGGCACUGUUGUUUCUUCCAACUAUGAACUAUAUAUCCUUGUAUACCUUGAUGAUUGAAACCCUUUUUGGACUGUAUUAUUAAGUGCUAUAAAGGACUAUUGCUCCUGAACAAGAGUGCUGACUUCUUCUGUGUACCUUCCUGAUCAUGCCCUGCCACUGGAAGGAAGAGACAAGUUCUGGUUUGCAUGCCAAAAGAUGAACUGGAUUAUGUAAUACAAAAUUCCUGCUAUCUGAAUUCCAUGUGGAUUAAGAUAUAUUUUGUAAUUAGAAGCUGACAAUUUUUUCAUGGGAUAUAGAGGUGGGGGUAAGAGUCCAAUUGUAGAGAUUUUUCAGCCUAGGUACUGCACUUUGAAGUGUUUUUAUUUCUGACUCUGUGGUGAAAAAUACAAAUGGAAUUGUUUGUAGUCCAUGCCCUGUGUGUUCUCCCAUGCAUGUAGCUAUUCUUGUCAUGUUACUACACAUACAGAAACCUUCCCUGACAUUCCUUGUAUAAAAUCUUCAUGUGUAA